CGAUGAUAAUUGAAUAGAAGUAUUCAUUAAGUUGUGGUUUUUUGGCCACACAAAAACACACACACACAUACACACAAAUCCACACACACACUGUUUCACGCAUCCAAGUAAGGAUUUAGAAAGAAUCGAUAGCCAUGCCAACUAAAUUCAGAUUCUGGCUUAUGCUCCUGCUUCUGCAGUUGGCAAAUUAUCACACAAAUGCCUAUUUAAUUAUUGUGAAUGAGGAAACCCCACCGGGGACCGUAAUAUUCAAUGCAUCUGUGUACAAGUUGGGCUCGGAGAGGCAUUAUAAAAUCAAUGCGCAUAAAUCAGCUAACUUUGUGCAUCAUCUAGUCACAGUUAGUCAUAAGGAUGGACAAAUUCAGUUAAAGAAAUCCCUUAAAUGUGAUGGGAUAUAUUAUCCAAACCUGUUCACAUUUUAUGUGGAUUCCACAUCAAAUCGUCUGCGUAGCAUAGACUACUAUAGUCUACCGAUAAGAAUAUUCAUAUCGGGCCACGAAUGCAAUGAGGACAGACGAGUGGAGCAAGAAUUGCACCAUCAUCACUACGAAGAGGAAGAUAAUACUGGUUACUCCAAGAGACGUAGAAGAUCUGCCAUGGAUUUGAAACUACUCGAUGGGAAUCAAUUGGAAUUGGCUUAUAGAGAAAAUAGUACAAAUUUUCGUCCUGGAGAUCUCAUCUUUGGGGACACCUUUGACAAUGAGAUGCGACAUCGAAUACUAAGUCGCAAGCGACGCUCUUCGAGUCAAAAUAAAGAUCCGUUGCAUCUGCAGACAGCGCUGCAUCGCAGGAUUAGCGAUGCCAAGCAAUGGAUAUCAGAGACUUAUGCAUCUUACGCCAUACACACGACAGAUAAAUGGAAUCAAAUUUGCCUGAGGCGUUCCCAGUUUAUUAAUAGUUUGAAUGCCUUUCUACCCAAAUCAGUUUGCCAACAUUGUCGAGUAAACUUUUUGGAUGUCAACGAUGAACGUUUUGCCAUUGAACAUCAAAAUCGCGACUUGGUGGCCAGUCGUGAUGUUUGCAUUCACGAAUCUAUGUGGAAAGUUAGCAUCACAUUUAACAUACGAUGCAAUCGCCACGACAUAGUCGAUUCGGAUCAUCGUCUAAAGAUUGUUUAUCAUCAUCAGGAAUUCAACGAUACGGAUAUAGCGAAGAGAGUUCGUCGUGAGCUACGUAACCAAUCGCCCUAUUUCGAGCAGGCAUUGUAUGUUGCUUCCGUACAGGAGGAGCAGUCAGCGGGGGCAGCUGUGACCACAGUGAGAGCUCGUGACCCGGAAGAUUCGCCAGUGGUUUACUCGAUGGUUUCUCUGCUCGACUCCCGUUCUCAGUCGUUAUUCAAAGUGGAUUCGCGAACAGGUGUAGUGACUACAUCGGCGAGUUUGGAUCGUGAAUUGAUGGAUGUCCAUUAUUUUCGUGUGGUUGCCACUGAUGACAGUUUCCCACCACGUUCGGGCACAACCACGCUGCAAGUAAAUGUCCUGGAUUGUAAUGAUCAUAGUCCCACCUUUGAGGCGGAACAAUUUGAGGCUAGCAUUCGUGAGGGUGCGACCGUUGGUUCAACAGUGAUUACACUACGCGCCACAGAUCAGGAUAUAGGAAAAAAUGCCGAAAUUGAAUAUGGCAUUGAAGCAGUGACAGAUGGCUCGGGCUUGGCGCAGACACAGGAGAUGCCCAUCUUUCGAAUUGAUUCUCGUUCCGGUGUGAUCUCAACAAGAAGCAGUCUUGACCGUGAAACCUCAGAUAGUUAUAAUUUGGUGGUAACGGCCUCAGACAUGGCCUCCGCGCAAAGUGAACGCAAGACGGCCACAGCUAGUGUUUUGGUAAAAGUCCUGGAUGACAAUGAUAACUAUCCGCAGUUCAGCGAACGCACCUAUACAGUCCAAGUGCCAGAGGAUCAGUGGGGCAGCAGCGAGGAUAAUACAGUGGCCCAUAUACGAGCCACAGAUGCCGAUCAGGGCAAUAAUGCGGCCAUACGUUACGCCAUUAUUGGUGGCAAUACCCAGUCGCAAUUUUCCAUAGAUUCAAUGUCCGGAGAUGUGAGUUUAGUUAAACCAUUGGAUUACGAAAGUGUACGCAGUUAUCGUCUGGUUAUACGUGCUCAGGAUGGAGGUAGUCCUUCCAGGAGUAAUACUACUCAAUUGCUGGUCAAUGUUAUUGAUGCCAAUGACAAUGCCCCACGCUUCUAUACCUCUCAGUUCCAAGAGAGUGUUUUGGAGAAUGUCCCAGUGGGCUACAAUAUCAUACGUGUUCAAGCCUACGAUUCGGAUGAGGGAGCCAAUGCAGAGAUAAGCUACAGCAUUUCCGAACGUGAUGAUAAUUUUCCUCUGGCCGUAGAUCCUCGCACUGGAUGGGUCCAGACCAUUAAGCAACUGGACAGAGAAGAACAGAGUCGUUUUACCUUUCAGGUGGUUGCCAAAGAUGGCGGCGUUCCACCAAAGUCGGCCAGCUCUUCGGUGGUUAUCACAGUGCAAGAUGUGAAUGACAAUGAUCCGAACUUCAAUCCGAAAUACUAUGAAGCCAAUGUGGGUGAGGAUCAGCCACCGGGUACUCCAGUGACGACGGUAACGGCAACUGAUCCCGAUGAGGAUUCACGUUUGCAUUAUGAGAUUAGCACAGGAAAUACACGUGGACGUUUUGCGAUCACCUCACAGAAUGGACGAGGUCUUAUAACUAUCGCCCAGUCCUUGGACUAUAAACAGGAAAAACGCUUCUUGCUCACAGUCACAGCCACCGAUUCAGGAGGACGCUCAGAUACAGCCACUGUACACAUUAAUAUCACCGAUGCCAACAAUUUUGCCCCCAUCUUUGAGAAUGCACCAUACAGUUCAUCUGUAUUUGAAGAUGCCCCAGUGGGUACGACAGUUCUUGUGGUUUCUGCCACGGAUAGUGAUGUCGGAAUUAAUGCUCAGAUAACAUACUCCCUCAAUGAGGAGAGUAUAAAUGGUUUAGGCACUGCCGAUCCAUUCUCAAUUAAUCAGCAAACAGGAGCGAUAGUCACCAAUGCCCCACUGGACAGGGAAACAACUAGUGGUUACCUGCUCACUGUGACGGCUAAGGAUGGCGGCAAUCCAUCAUUGAGUGACACCACCGAUGUUGAAAUAAGUGUCACAGAUGUUAACGAUAAUGCUCCCAUGUUCAAGAAUCCUCUCUAUCAAUCAUCCAUUCUCGAAGAUGCUUUAGUUGGAACAUCAGUGAUUCAGGUCUCGGCUAGUGACCCAGAUAUAGGACUCAAUGGAAGGAUAAAAUAUUUGCUAAGUGACCGUGAUGUUGAGGAUGGUUCAUUUGUGAUUGAUCCCACAUCGGGAACGAUACGAACUAACAAAGGAUUGGACAGGGAAAGUGUGGCCAUUUAUCAUUUGACAGCCAUAGCCGUUGAUAAGGGUUCACCUCCGCUCUCGAGUACGGUAGAAGUGCAAAUACGACUAGAGGAUGUCAACGAUUCACCACCCACCUUUGCGUCGGAUAAGAUUACUUUGUAUGUGCCAGAGAAUUCCCCUGUGGGAUCUGUAGUUGGUGAAAUACACGCCCAUGAUCCCGAUGAGGGGGUCAAUGCGGUAGUUCACUAUUCCAUUAUAGGUGGCGAUGACUCCAAUGCCUUCUCCUUGGUCACCCGUCCGGGAUCGGAGCGAGCUCAAUUGUUAACCAUGACAGAACUGGACUAUGAAUCCUCACGAAAGCGUUUCGAAUUGGUAGUCAGAGCGGCCUCUCCCCCUCUCCGUAAUGAUGCACAUAUUGAGAUUUUGGUCACCGAUGUCAAUGAUAAUGCCCCAGUAUUGCGUGACUUUCAGGUGAUUUUCAACAAUUUCCGUGAUCACUUUCCCAGUGGCGAAAUAGGUCGUAUCCCAGCCUUCGAUGCGGAUGUCAGUGAUAAAUUGAACUAUCGCAUUUUAUCGGGAAAUAAUGCAAAUUUGGUACGUCUAAAUAGCACAUCCGGAGGAUUAAUACUUAGUCCGCAAUUGAAUACCAAUGUUCCAAAAUUCGCCACAAUGGAAGUAUCAGUGUCCGAUGGAAUUAAUGAAUUGAAAGCAAUUAUGCAAUUAUCUGUGCGACUAAUUACCGAGGAUAUGCUAUUUAAUUCGGUAACCGUGCGACUAAAUGAAAUGACCGAAGAAGCAUUUUUAUCGCCAUUGCUUAACUUUUUCCUAGAUGGCUUGGCGGCCAUUAUACCAUGUCCUAAGGAGAAUAUAUUUAUAUUUAGCAUUCAAGAUGACACGGAUGUCACCUCAAGGAUAUUGAAUGUGAGUUUUUCGGCGAAGAGACCAGAUGUGUCCCAUGAGGAGUUCUAUACUCCUCAAUACUUGCAGGAGAGAGUUUAUCUCAAUCGAGCAAUAUUGGCUCGUUUGGCCACUGUGGAGGUCCUUCCAUUCGAUGACAACCUGUGUGUACGUGAACCAUGCCUUAAUUUUGAAGAAUGUUUAACUGUACUGAAAUUUGGCAAUGCCUCGGAAUUUAUACACAGUGAUACGGUGCUCUUCCGACCCAUUUAUCCGGUGAAUACAUUUGCCUGCUCUUGUCCUGAGGGUUUUACAGGCAGUAAGGAACAUUAUUUAUGCGACACUGAAGUGGAUCUCUGUUACUCGGAUCCUUGUCAAAAUGGAGGGACAUGUGUCAGGCGCGAAGGAGGUUACACAUGUGUGUGUCUUGCCAGCCACACUGGUUUGAAUUGUGAGACAAAUGUCAGUGAGUUACCCGCCUGUAUGUCCACCAAUUGUGAGGGUUCACUGUCGUCAUGCAUGAGCAAUAAUCACUAUUUGAGCUCUCAACCUCCACCAUAUACUCCUACCUGUGAGUUGAGAUCUCGUUCAUUUUCGCGCAACUCUUUUCUGACAUUCGAGAGUCUCAAGCAGAGGCAUCGCUUCAACCUUAAGUUGAGAUUCGCCACGGUUCAAGAGAACGGGCUGCUCCUUUACAAUGGACGUUACAAUGAACUGCACGAUUUCAUAGCCCUGGAAAUAUUGGAUGGACAUAUUAAUUUCUCCUAUUCACUGGGAGAUCAUAGCGAAAGUGUUUCAGUGCUGCCGUGGAAGAUUUCCGAUGGUAAAUGGCAUGAGGUUGAGAUUAUCUACUUCAAUCGUAGUGUGACUUUGGUUCUUGAUCAAUGUGACACGGCCAUCGCUUUGGCUGGAGAAGAACUGGGCGAACGUUGGAGCUGUGCCAAUCAUACCACGUUAAAGUUGGACAAACGCUGUGCCUUAUUAACCGAAACAUGCCAUCGUUUCUUGGAUCUAACAGGACCUUUGCAGAUCGGUGGUCUGCCUCGCAUCCCCGCCCACUUUCCAGUAGCAAAUCGAGAUUUUGUGGGUUGUAUUUCCGAUUUGCGGAUUGAUGAGCGCUAUAUCGAUCUGAAUUCGUACGUCGCCGAUAAUGGAACUAUUUCGGGAUGUCCGCAAAAGUCGCCAUUAUGCUCAUCGGAACCAUGUUUCAAUGGUGGCACUUGUCUUGAGGGGUGGAACACAUAUACAUGCGAUUGCACAGAAGGUUAUGCGGGCAUCAAUUGUCAGGAUAAUAUACCAGCACCAUGGCGUUUCUCUGGUGAUGGUAGCUUAAGUUUCAAUCCCCUACUGCGACCCAUUCAACUGCCCUGGCUAACUUCAUUCUCAUUACGGACAAGACAGCGGAAUGCUUUUAUAAUGCAGAUACAAAUCGGACAAAAUAGUUCAGCUGUGGUUAGUUUGAAGAACGGCAUUCUUUACUAUAUCUACGACAACGAGCCAAUGUAUCUGGCCGGAGCAUAUCUAUCGGAUGGAGAAUGGCAUCGUGUGGAAAUCAAAUGGCAACAGGGAUCGGAAAUUCAAUUCUCAGUGGAUUAUGGACAACGCAUUGGCUCAGUGCCUAUGUCCCAGAAGGUGCAGGGAUUGUAUGUGGGAAAAAUUGUAAUGGGCAGUGUGGACGGAACGAUUGGAGCUGUGGAUGCCAAUAUCAGUCCGUUCGAGGGAUGUCUGCAAGAUGUGCGUAUAGGAGCAGGCCAGGCGGUAUUAUCGAGACCCACCAUAAGAGAGAAUGUCGAAGAUGGCUGUGAAUCGAGAGCUCAGUGUCCGAUGGAAAAUUGUCCCAUUCACUCGACAUGCAUUACCAAAUGGGACGUCACCACGUGCGAGUGUAACAAAGGCUAUGUCGGCGAAGAUUGUUCUCCAAUAUGUACGGUAAAACCCUGCUCAUCUGGAAUAUGCAGAGCAAACAUCAGUUUGUCCCGAGGUUAUCGUUGUGAGUGCAAUAAUAGCUAUCAACACGGGGAGUACUGUGAGAGAGAGUUGCAACAACCCUGUCCGGGAGGUUGGUGGGGUGAACGCGUAUGUGGACCCUGCAAGUGCAAUCUCAAGCAGGGUUAUCAUCCGGAUUGCAACAAGACGACGGGUCAGUGCUACUGCAAAACGAAUCACUAUCAGCCACCCAACGAGACCGCCUGCCUAUCCUGCGAUUGUUACUCCAUAGGAAGCUUCAACAGUGCCUGUAAUCGCUUGACUGGACAGUGUGAGUGUCGUGAAGGUGUAAUCGGACGCCGCUGUGACUCUUGCUCCAAUCCCUAUGCCGAAGUCACUCUUAAUGGCUGCGAAGUGGUAUAUGAUGCCUGCCCUCGUUCAUUUGCUGCUGGCAUCUGGUGGCCCCGUACACCACUUGGUAGUAGCGCCAUAGAGAAUUGCCCUCUGCCCGCCCGUGGUAAGGGUCAACGCAGUUGUGACAGUCAAACGGGCAGUUGGACAACUCCGGACAUGUAUAACUGCUCAUCAGAGCCAUUUGUAGAGCUGCGCCGACAAUUGGCCCAACUUGAGAAACUUGAAUUGGAACUAAACUCAUUUGUGGCCAUUAAAAUGGCAGAACAACUGCAAAGAUCCUGCGCAGCAGUGGAUCGCAGUGGGGUCAGCAAACAGUCGGUGACAAAACCCAAUAACAGACGCUACAAAAUGGAAUCAUCAUUUCUACUUAAUGCCAAUGGAAACGUCUGGUCGCAUGAGUUGGACAUGGACUAUUUGUCGGAUGAAUUGAAAUUCAGUCAUGAUCGUUUAUAUGGCGCAGAUCUCUUGGUCACCGAAGGCCUACUACAAGAGUUGAUUAACUACGAGUUAAUGCAAAGUGGCCUCAAUCUGUCACAUAGCCAAGAUAAAUAUUUUAUUAAGAAUUUAGUUGAUGCAGCGAGUGUUAUAUUGGAUCGUAAAUAUGAUGCCGAGUGGCGUAGGGCCUCGGAAUUGAUACAACGUGGUCCAGACGACUUGGUGGAUGCUUUUAACAAAUAUUUGGUCGUACUGGCCCGCUCUCAGCACGACACCUACACCAGUCCCUUUGAGAUUGUGCAACCGAAUAUGGUUUUAGGUCUGGAUAUUGUCACUGCUGAAUCCCUCUUUGGCUAUGAGCCGGAACAGUUGAGCGAAUAUCAUCGUAGCAAGUAUUUAAAACCGAAUGCCUUUACCACCGAGAGUGUGGUACUACCAGAUACCAGUGGAUUUUUGCAACACUCUUCCAAGCAAAGGCCGGUCAUAAGCUUUCCAAAGUAUAAUAAUUACAUCCUGGAUAAAAUGAAAUUUGAUAAAUUCACCAAGGUAUUGGUUCCCCUAGAAAUGCUUGGCAUCACACCACCAGAGAGUGAUGAGAUUACCUCUCAAGGAAGUGGUAAUCGAGGCAAUGAUUAUCGUGCCAUUGUGGCCUAUGCUCAGUAUAAGGAUGUGGGUCAGUUGUUACCGGAUUUAUAUGAUGAGACCAUUACACGACGAUGGGGUGUCGAUGUCGAGCUGGCCACGCCCAUACUGUCAUUACAAAUUUUAGUACCUUCGGCGGAAAGGGAACGAGAGCGUUUUGAGAUUCCCUCCAGGAAAAUUUCUGUAUCAUCUAGCUCCUCGGUAACAUCGUCGGCCACUGGUAGCUCAGAGCAACAAUUUGUAGAAGUAUUUGAUGUACCUAAGGCACCAUCAAGCAGCAGUGAACAACAGAUUGAGGAUAUAAGGAUUACUGCUCAUGAAAUACCAGGACCCGCCUCCUCAGGCGGUUCCUCAGGCGAACUACUGGAAGCUCAUAGCAACGAGGCUUCGUUGGAAAGUGAUCCUCAUAUACACAUUAAUCUGGACGAUAUUGAAUUCCAUGGCAAUUCUGGUGAGGAGCAAGUGUCACCCGAUUCUCCCGAACAGCUUAAUCCCAAUUACGAGGGCCCCACAUCCAGUGAAGAGAAAUCCAAGGGUGAAAAUGAAGCCAUAUAUCGAGAUCGUCGUUUGGUAAAGCGUCAAGUUGAGGUUAUAUAUCCCACAGAUCAAGAAAUGAAUGGAAACCAGCAAUUGGUCUAUCGCUCGCUGGGUUCACCACAUCUCUCCCAGCCAAUUAAGUUGCAAAUGUGGUUGGAUAUGGACUCGUCACGUUUUGGUCCUCGGUCGAACCCUCAGUGUGUGCGUUGGAAUUCCUUUACCAAUCAAUGGACACGCCUCGGCUGUCAGACUGAGAUUCCCGAUUUCGAUGGUGACUUUUCUCUGUCAUCUCAGCAACCGAUUCUAAUCAAUUGCAGUUGCACUCACAUUUCAAAUUAUGCAGUAAUUGUCGAUAUCAUAGACCCCGAGGAUAUACCAGAGCCAUCUCUGCUAGUGCAAAUAACAUCAUAUUCUGCUUUCAUGGUAUCUCUACCACUGCUUCUGGGAGUUUUAGUGGCUUUGGGCCUACUACGAGGGCAGCAAACUAACUCGAACACCAUACAUCAGAAUAUUGUAUUGUGCGUAUUCUUUGCCGAAUUGCUUUUCUUCAUUGGAAUGCAGUCACGUCGUAAUCUUCUGGAGCUGGAGAGUGAAUUCCCCUGCAAACUGAUUGCCAUAUGUCUGCAUUACUUCUGGUUGGCUGCGUUCGCCUGGACGACUGUUGACUGUGUGCAUCUUUAUCGCAUGUUGACCGAAAUGCGAGACAUAAAUCAUGGUCCGAUGGGCUUCUACUUUGCCAUGGGCUAUGGUGCGCCUGCUGUCGUUGUUGGUUUGUCUGUCGGCGUACGAGCACAUGAAUAUGGCAACAGUUUGUUCUGUUGGUUGUCUGUAUAUGAGCCUGUUGUAUGGUGGCUUGUAGGUCCCAUAGCUGGCAUGUCGCUGGUUAAUCUGCUGAUCCUGUUUGUCUCCGUGAAAGCUGCCUUCACACUCAAGGAUCAUGUGCUUGGCUUUGGCAAUUUAAGGACUCUUUUGUGGCUAUCUGUAGUAUCUCUGCCCCUCAUGGGUGUCAUGUGGGUUUUGGCUGUUCUAGCCGCUUCGGAGCACUCUCAGUUAUUGAGUCUAUUGCUUUCGGGAGUCGUUUUGUUGCAUGCUCUGUUCUGCCUCAUUGGCUAUUGCAUUAUCAAUAAAAGAGUCCGAGAGAAUCUCCAACGAACUUGUCUGAGAUGUAUGGGCAGAAAGGUGCCUCUUUUGGACUCCUCUAUGGUAGUGAGCAACAGUUCGCAUAAUGUAAACGGCACAACCGCCACGGCGAGACCAAAUAACUUCCUUGCGGGAACCUAUGAUGGCACAACCAGAAGAAAUAUCGGCAUCAGUGCCAGUAGCACAACCUCUAGAAGCACAGCCAAGACCAGUUCUAGCCCCUAUAGUGAUGGCCAACUAAGACAGACUUCCACGUCCACCUCGAAUUACAACUCAGCCAGCGAUGCUCCAAGUUUUCUAAGAGGAUUUGAGUCAUCUAUCACUGGAAGAAGGAGUGAAGAGAAGUCAAAGCGACAACGCAAAGAUUCGGAUUCUGGCUCUGAAACCGAUGGCAGAUCAUUGGAACUAGCUUCAAGUCAUUCCAGUGACGAUGACGAGUCUCGUACAGCUCGCUCCAGUGGCACUCAUCGCAGUACUGCUGUCAGUUCCACUCCGGCAGCUUCAUCGUAUCUGCCUAAUAUAACUGAACAUGUUCAAGCUACAACUCCGCCUGAACUGAAUGUGGUACAGAGCCCACAACUCUUUCCCAGCAUCAAUAAGCCGCCAGUCUAUGCGCCACGCUGGUCCAACCAACUAGCAGAUCCUUAUCUACAAUCUGGACAUCCUCCUAAUAAUGUGGGACGUUGGUCCCAGGAUACGGGCUCCGAUAAUGAGCAUGUCCAUAUGGGUCAGAAAUUGACGAUUUCCCCCAAUCCAUUGCCUAAUCCUGAUCUCACCGAUACCAGUUACCUGCAACAGCAUCAUAAUAAAAUCAACAUGCCUCCAUCGAUCCUUGAGAAUAUAAGAGAUGCUCGAGAUGGUUAUGAGGAUAGUAUGAGUUUGUACGGACGACAUGAUCAGUACGCGGACAAAUAUGGUUCAUACAAACCGCCGCCCAGUCAUUAUGGCAGCGAAAAGGACUAUCCAGGUGGUGUGGGAGGAAGUGGUUCUCAGACCAUUGGCCACAUGCGCAGUUUCCAUCCGGAUGCUGCGUAUCUGAGUGACAGUAUUUACGAUAAGCAGAGGACACUGGGCAGUGGUUCACCUUAUCUGUCAAAGGAUCGUAUUACUCCUGAUAUUUAUGGGUCACGGGACGGUCAUUAUAGUCUGCAAAGACAGCGGCAUCCAAAUUAUGCUACAGAUUCAUUGCAUUCAGUGCAUUCGCUGCUCAAAAACGAUUACCAGCAACAGCAGCAGCAGCAGCAGCAACAACAACAACUGCAGCAACUCGCCUCGGAUCGUCUCUCGGAGGGAUCAGAUAAGAAUGGUUACCAUUUCCCUUACACAGCGGAAGAAGAUCAUUUGCCAGCCCGCAAACUGAGUCAAGGGCAACCGCCAUCUCUGCAUGGCUCACAGCUAAUGCAUCCUCCACCUGUUCCUGCUCCUUCCAUGAAUGGCAUUAUGGUGAAUGAUAUGAACAAUCCGGGUCUAAUAGCUCGCCAUACUCUAAAUGGCGGAUCGCGUCAUAGUUCACGUGCCUCAUCUCCACCCUCUAGCAUGGUGGCUCCCAUGCAGCCACUGGGUCCUCUGCCUUUGGCCAGCAUAACGGAUACUGACUCAGAGGCGGAAUAUUGAUGAUGAUGAGACCACUGUGUGACGACUGUCGACCGGAAAUAAACAUCAUUUACAUCUACAAAAGCAAAAACUGCAACAAAAGAAGCAGAGAGAGAAACAGGUGCAAAGUCAAACCAAACAAUUUGCAACAAUUCGUAGGAAACCGCAAUAUAAACUUCAACUGGAGGCUUAAAAAUUUUAAAGUCGAAUCUCUCUGGUAGUCAUUAAAAUUGCCAGCAUAAAUACAUUUUGUACAUAUACACACAGCCAAUCACACACACAC